AUGGCCGUCAACAAGAGGUCGCGCGAGGAGACCACUGCCCAGAGCGCCAUCGCCGCUGAGGAGGCCAAGAACGCUGCUUCUGCCGCUGGCAGCGACUCCGAGUCCGAGGACGAGGUUGAGUUGUCGACCAAUUCCGCGGCCGGGAUCCUGCGUCAGCGCUCAAAGCAGGCGGCGGCGGCCCCCUCGGCUCCGGCCGGCCCGCCGGCCCCGAAGCGCCCUCGCGCUGAGGUUGAGGCCAUCCUGGCUCCUGGAGCUCCGGCCUUUGACGAAGACGACGAGCCGAUUCAGCCGGUCCCGGCACUGCGUAUGCCGAAGCCGCGUGGCACUUUCGCCCCCCGGCCGCUGGUGCGCAACGACAUUGUCCAGCAUCCGCCCAGCGACGAUGAGGCCAAGGACAGCAGUCCUGACGAUGGGUCCAGCGGCGAUGGGGAGCUCGACUCCGACGUGAACUUCGACAGCGACGAUGAGGGUGAUGACAGCGACGACGACGACGACGACGACGAUGGGUAUGUCUAUGACGACAACAACGAGGAGGAGACCGAGGCCGUGCGCGGCGAGAUUGUUCAGGUGGACUUCGAGUUCUUCAACCUGUUGGAUGCGGACCCGGCCUCGAUUCGCCACUUGCUGUCGCAGGUCCUGGAGCGCGACAGCGUGGACCUUUUUGGCCUGGCGGAGCACAUUUGCGCCGUGGCCCGCGACGAUCCCGAGACCACUGGAUCGUGCAUCCGCGUGGAUGGCAACCCGGAGCCCUAUGCCUGCUUGGCACUGGUGAACCUGGGCCAGAUGGGUGGUAGCGUCGCCGCGACGGAGCCCGCCUGUUUGGCGCAGCUCCGGGACUACCUGGCUGGCCGGGCGCCCGGGGCGUCUGAGCGUGCCUCUUUGCAGAGGCUCUUCGAUGGGAAAUCCGCCCUGGUUGUCAAUGAGCGCCUGAUCAACAUGCCGGCGCAGACGGCCGUGCCGAUGUUCCGCAUGCUGGCCGAUGAGGUGGAGGCCGCGCGGCGCUGGUCGCCGGACACCUCGUCCUACUCGGUGGACCGGUUGGUCUUUGUGCUCAAGCGCUACAAGCAGCUGCCCUUCGACGAUCCGUCUGAGUCCUCCGGCAGCGAGAAUGAGUCGGCCGGCCCUGGUGCUGGAACUGCCGCCAAGCGCAGCAUGAACCCCCCGGAGGAGUAUUUCUUCGUCAAUGAGGAGGAGGAGAUUGUCCUGGAGGCAGUGCGUCAGGCCGGCGGCCUGACCUUCCCCUUCGACCUGGUCAAGUCCACCCCUCGGUGGACGGUGGAGGAGCAGCUCAUCCAGCACUCGCGUGUGCUCGCUGUCCUGCCGAUUGAUCGCCUUCGCCCGCUGGUCCGCAAGAUUGAGGAGACCUUCGGUGUGGAGCAUUUGGACCAGAGCCGUCCGGCGAGCGAUGCCUCCUCCUCGUCGGGCAGCGAUGACACCUCCUCCGAGGAGGAGUCCGACUGAGAGAGAGUAGAUAGUGUUGGGGACCGGCCGGGAGGGGGGGAGGGCGCCGAGAAGCAGCGCAUCCCCCCCCCCCCCUCUCCAUCCAUGACCCUGCCUCUGACUUGCUUUGGAUGCCGAUACCCAUGUGUGAGCCCAUGGCGCAAUCCUACGUCAAAAGAAAUAUAUCCGAUUUUGGGA